UUGUAUUGUCAAACCAGGAAGAGCUCGCGAAAAAUUGUUACAUAAAAUAACUAGUUCUUUGAGUUCACAUGAUUGUGCAACUUGGUUUGGACCACAGGUUUGGACACGACAGUGUGUGGUGCCUUUUCCUCUUUGCAGUUUAAAUUUGUACAAGUGCUGAAGAUUUGGCUGAAUCCUACCAUCCUUUGUGAAGGAUGUCUGGCACUACCAACCCUUUCCUCCAUCUGGUGGAGGCGCUCGACCCAAAGGACCCCCAGCAACGCUUCUUCAACCUCUCCAAACUCGGAGAUCCCAGAUAUGAACGCCUGCCCUUCUCGGUGCGCGUGCUGCUGGAGUCGGCGGUGAGGAACUGCGACGGGUUCCUGGUGAAGAAGGAGGACGUGGAGAGCAUCCUGAACUGGAAGCAGACCCAGGCGCAGACGGUGGAGGUGCCCUUCAGGCCGUCCCGCGUCAUCCUCCAGGACUUCACCGGGGUACCGGCCGUGGUGGACUUUGCGGCGAUGCGUGACGCGGUGACGCAGCUCGGGGGCGACCCCGAGAAGAUCAACCCGGUGUGCCCCGCCGACCUGGUCAUCGACCACUCCAUCCAGGUGGACUUCAACCGCAAGACUGACAGCCUGCAGAAGAAUCAGGACCUGGAAUUCGACCGUAAUAAGGAGCGGUUUCAAUUCCUCAAAUGGGGCUCCAAGGCCUUCCGCAACAUGCGGAUCAUCCCCCCCGGCUCGGGCAUCGUACACCAGGUCAACCUGGAGUACCUGGCCAGGGUGGUGUUCAACCAGGACGGCCUCUACUACCCCGACAGCCUGGUGGGCACGGACUCCCACACCACCAUGAUCGACGGCCUGGGGGUCCUGGGCUGGGGUGUGGGUGGGAUUGAAGCAGAGGCGGUCAUGUUGGGCCAGCCGAUCAGCAUGGUCCUGCCUCAGGUCGUGGGAUACAAGUUGUAUGGCACACCCAACAAGUUCAUCACCUCCACAGACAUUGUGCUCACGGUCACCAAGCACCUGCGCCAGGUGGGCGUGGUGGGCAAGUUCGUGGAGUUCUUCGGCCCCGGCGUGUCCCAGCUGUCCAUCGCCGACCGCGCCACCAUCGCCAACAUGUGUCCCGAGUACGGCGCCACCGCCGCCUUCUUCCCCGUGGACGACGUCAGCGUCAAUUACCUGGAGCAGACCGGUCGGGACGCGGAGAAACUGGCCUACAUCACAAAGUACCUGAAAGCGGUGGCCAUGUUCCGGGAUUAUAACGACGUCUCCCAGGACCCAGACUUCACACAGGUGGUGGAGAUGGACCUGAGUGCGGUGGUGCCUUGCUGCAGCGGACCCAAAAGACCCCAGGACAGGAUCGCCGUGUCCGACAUGAAAAGCGACUUUGAUUCUUGCUUGGCAGCAAAGCAAGGCUUCAAGGGCUUCGCGGUGGCCCCGGAGAGCCACCACGCCUCGGAGCCGUUCCAGUUCAACGGGGCCGACUACUCCCUCUCCCAUGGCUCGGUGGUCAUCGCCGCCAUCACCAGCUGCACCAACACCAGCAACCCCUCCGUGAUGCUGGGAGCAGGGCUGCUGGCUAAGAAGGCGGUGGAGGCCGGGCUGAGCGUGAAGCCCUACAUUAAGACCAGCCUGUCCCCGGGCAGUGGGGUGGUCACCUACUACCUGAAGGAGAGCGGCGUCAUGGACUACCUCUUCAAGCUGGGGUUCGAGGUGGUGGGGUAUGGCUGCAUGACCUGUAUAGGGAACAGUGGGCCGCUGCCUGAGCCGGUGGUGGAGGCCAUUACCAAGGGGGACCUGGUGGCCGCGGGCAUCCUGUCGGGUAACAGGAACUUUGAGGGGCGUGUGCACCCCAACACCCGGGCCAACUACCUGGCCUCCCCGCCUCUCGUCAUCGCCUACGCCAUCGCCGGCACCGUGAGGAUCGACUUCGACACGGAGCCCAUCGCGGUGAACGCCCAGGGCAAGGAGGUCUUCCUGAGGGACAUCUGGCCCACCAGGGAGGAGAUCCAGGCCGUGGAGAGGGAGUUCGUCAUCCCGUCCAUGUUCAAAGAGGUCUACGAGAAGAUCGAGAAAGUCAACGAGCGCUGGAACGCCCUGAGCGCCCCCUCCGACAAGCUGUACCCCUGGGACCCCAAGUCCACCUACAUCAAGUCCCCCCCGUUCUUCACCGGCCUGACAAUGGCGCUGGAGCCCCCCCGCUCCAUCACGGACGCCUACGUGCUGCUCAACCUGGGCGACUCGGUCACCACCGACCACAUCUCUCCGGCCGGCAACAUCGCCCGCAGCAGCUCAGCGGCACGCUACCUCACCGACAAGGGGCUCUCCCCGCGGGACUUCAACUCGUACGGCUCGCGGCGGGGCAACGACGCCGUGAUGGCCCGGGGCACGUUCGCCAACAUCCGCCUCUUCAACAAGUUCCUCAACAAGCAGGCGCCGCGCACACUGCACCUGCCCUCCGGGGAGACGAUGGACGUGUUUGACGCGGCGGAGCGGUACCAGCAGGCGGGAAGCCACCUGGUGAUUCUGGCGGGAAAGGAGUACGGCUCGGGCAGCUCCAGGGACUGGGCGGCCAAGGGGCCCUUCUUACUGGGCAUCAAGGCGGUGCUGGCGGAGAGCUACGAGCGGAUCCACCGCAGCAACCUGGUGGGAAUGGGCGUGAUCCCCCUGGAGUACCUCCCCGGGGUCACGGCCGAGACCCUGGGGCUCACCGGCCGCGAGCGCUACUCCGUGGUCGUGCCCGAGCUGCUGGAGCCCAGGAUGCUCGUGGACGUUAAGCUCGACACCGGGAAGAGUUUCCAGGUGCGGAUGAGGUUCGACACGGACGUGGAGCUCACGUACUUCCUCAACGGGGGCAUCCUCAACUACAUGAUCCGCAAGAUGUCUGGGAAGUAGAGCUCACAGCACGGCCAGAGCUGGAGGGAGGGAGUCCUGUUCUCCCAACGCAUCUCAAGUCACUCAUCUGAAAUUUAAAUUUGAAAAGAAAGCAGCCAUGUUGUUCUGAGAUGCUAACUAGAGAGCCGUCCAAGGAGUUACCUCAACACGCACACAAGCACUGACCGAUACCCACACACACAUACACACAUACACGCACACGGUUUCUCAAUGCUGCUGACAAAUUGAGGUAACAGGUGUGCAUUCUUACAUCCUCACUCGACCGAACAGCUUUACGUCCAAGUGUCAAGAACAUUGCAAAAGUGUCAGUGAUUUCAAACCUAUAACAUAAAUACUAUAUACUAUCCCUCAACCAGGGGAUAGUGUGUGUGUGUGGGCUGAUCAUGGCUCAAUGAUUAAGUCUGAAUUGGAGGAAAUGUAACUUAAAAACAAGGCUAUGAGAACCAACCGAAACUGUAGCUAAAUCAUGCGACUGGAUCACACUGUUUUACAUUAGUAGAUUGUUAAUAAUAAGUAUGAUUGCCAUGAUUAUGCUACUAGGACUAGUUAAAAAUGAAUUGCUAUAUAUAAACAAACACUGACUGUGUCCUAACUAAUGAUUUAAUAGUUGAGGUAAAAUGGAAAAUAGUGUUAUACCUGGAAACAUUCCUGUUUUGAAACAAGGUACUCAGGCUUUCAGUUUUUCCUCCCGAACUUUGUCGGUGGCGGUUUCUGAUUUUGGGUUUGUUUGUUCUUUAAGGUCAUGCAUAUCCGUUAAUUUACUUUUUUGUCUAUUUACCCUUGCACAUUCCGGCGAUAAUUUAUGUAUGCACGUGUGUGUGUGUGUGUAUAUGACUGCCUUAACAGAUUGUCAACACAAAAGUUUUAAUGAAAAGAUUUUAACACUGUUAUGUUAACAAUAUUUAUCAUGUCGAUCAUAGGAUUUAUUGAAAUAAAAUUAAUUUACAAAUA